AUGUCGCAAACUGAAAGAAAAGAAAUAUGUUACUUAAGGUGUACAAUAAACUCUGGAAGAUUAGAAUUUACUUGGUCAAUAAUUACACCAUCUAUAUGGGACUGGAUUGGAUUAUAUGAAGACCAUAGAAAAUCAAAUAGAGAAUGGCUCAAUGGGCAUUGGUUCUAUAUAAGUAAUCACAGCAACCGUACAACUCUUCCUGACGGUCGAUACGUGUAUUCUGGUAGUCAUAGGAUUGGAACUGUUUCUGGGAUGAAUCAGAUCAGAUUAAACAACUAUGAAAUUAACGGAAAAUACAAAACUUAUUCAUAUGCCAAUGUAUACAAUCCUGUAUUUAUAUACUUUGAUAUAAAUCGAGUUAAUUAUACACAUAGAGGAUUGCAACAUACAUUUGAUAAUCACAAAGAAAAUUGGGGAUUUACUAAAAAUGACCAUUGGAAUAAUCAAAAUGGAAAGAAACUUCAGAGAACCCUUCAAGAAUGGAAACUAAGUGAUGCUCAAUACAAAUAUGUAACACAGCCACCAUUCAGAUUAAAUGCAGUUGUACUUACAGUGUAUGAGGACAUUCUUAACGAAAUUGCCAACUCGGAAGUUGAAAGGGAUGAUUUAAUUAAACAAUUUUUAAAAAUUUACAAGAAUGAUAAGAAUAUUUAUAGCGAUGAAGUAUAUAAUGAAAUUGCGGACUUUUUUGAAUUGGCUGAAAACUACAUUCCAUUGUCAUUUGAAGGAAGAGAUGAAAUAGAACCAGAUGACAAUUAUGAACUUGACUACGUAAAAGUAAAGAGAAAGGUAGAAACUACUCUGAAGACACUUGAAAAAUUAGCAAUUUGA